AUGGCAGACGUCGCCCCCUCCUUCAAAAAACGCACCAACAAAUCCACCGCCCGCAAGCGCCCCGCCACCCCACCCCCCGAAGACUCCUCAGACACCUACACCUCCUCCUCAGACGAGUCCGGCCACCCCAUCAAGCGCCGCAAGAAGGAAGGCGUCAAAGUCACCACCGCCGGUCCCCAACGCCCGCAAGACCUCUCCAAAUCCACAAAAUACUCCGCCGACCGCACCAAAACCAUCACGACCCUCGACGACGCCACAAAGACCUCCAACUGGAACACCAGCACCUCCGACGCCGCCGAGACGGCCCGAGCGACCGCGCGACCGCAGCAGGAAGCCCAGGCUGAAGAGAGCAAUGGCGCGUACAAGGGCUCAGCGAACUACAGCUCCUACAUCCAGAAGAACCCCGACACAUCGACUCGGCAAGUUGGGCCCGUGAAAGCGCCUACGAACGUCCGCACUAUUACAGUAACGGACUUCGCGCCGGAUGUGUGUAAGGACUACAAACAAACCGGCUUCUGCGGCUUCGGCGACAGCUGCAAAUUCCUGCACGCCCGCGAGGACUACAAGCAAGGCUGGCAGCUCGACAAGGAGUGGGAGAAAGUCGGCUCCAAAAAUACCACCUCCUCUUCCACCUCCAAACCCGGACAAGAAGACAUGGACGACGAAGAAAAACUCCUCGAAAGCAUCCCCUUCGCCUGCAUCAUCUGCAAAGAGCCUUACAAGAUGCCCGUAGUGACGAAGUGCGGACAUUACUUUUGUGAAAAGUGCGCGAUGACGAGGUAUAUGAAGGAGAAGAAAAGGACGUGUGCGAAUUGCGGGGCGGAUACGGCCGGGACGUUCAAUGUGGCGCGGAAGUUGAAGGAGUUGCUUGAGAAGAAGAGGAGGAGGGUGGAGGAGAGGAGACAGCUGCAGAGGGAGAAGGGGGAGGAUGUUAGUGGGGAUGAGGAGGAGGGUGGGGGUUAG